GUUAUAAAAGGGGCCAAAACUCUGAUCACCGACCACUUUGAAGCCCAUUCAUCUGUCAUCUGGUUGGCGAACUUUUCUCAGUGCACCAGGGAAGCACCAGCCGGUCGUGCAAAAGCACCCACCAAGCCAGAAUGCGGCUAUCAGGGCCGUUCCUCAUCGUGGCCAUCGCUCUGCUGUCAGAGUCAUCUGACGCAAGGGUGGCCAGGGUUUCGAAAAUACACCGCGUGGACAAGUCGAUCAAUCCUAUCACGGGCAGCUCAAAUCAAAACCUCUUCACUCGCAAGGAUGUGAUUGUCGACAUCCAGGACCAGGACAAGAACCAGUACCACGAGCAGGACUGUGAUAACAGUAAAUGUGGCCAAUAUGUGUACGGAUACGACGUGGGUCCAAACGGACAGUUCCACCACGAGGUGCGUGGACCUGACGGCGUCACCUAUGGCUGCUACGGCUACCUGGAUCCCAACAACGAACUCCGCGCCACCCACUACGUCGCCGACGCCUGGGGUUUCCGCGUCAUCGUCCCUGGAAAGCCCGUAGACGUGUGGCGCAAGAAGCCCGGCACGACCGAUGAAUACGAGAUGGAAACCAUCCCUUACGAACAGGCCCACUUCCCCAAGGGCUGCGGCACAGGCCCCGGUGGCACCCUGCCAGGUUCCCCUGGCUAUGACCCGAAUGCAGGCCAGCCUCAAGGUCCUCCUAAACCUGGUUCAGGAGGUCAACCCGGAACUGCUGGAACUCCAGGCACACCUGGUCGCCCUGGAACCCCCGGAACUCCUGGAACCCCAGGUAAACCUGGAACAGCUGGUUCUCCUGGCUCCCCUGGAUCUGGCGGUAGUGGAGGCUCAGGUGGAUACCCUGGAUCGCAAGGUUCUCCUGGCACACCUGGAACCCCUGGCACUCCAGGUAAACCUGGAACAGCUGGUUCUCCUGGCUCACCUGGAUCUGGCGGUAGUGGAGGCUCAGGUGGAUACCCCGGAUCGCAAGGUUCUCCUGGCACUCCUGGUCGCCCUGGAACCCCCGGAACUCCUGGCACCCCAGGUAAACCUGGCUCACCUGGAUCUGGCGGAAGUGGAGGCUCAGGUGGAAGUGGAGGAUACCCAGGAUCACAAGGUUCUCCUGGCACUCCUGGACGACCUGGAACUCCAGGCACACCUGGAACUCCUGGACGCCCUGGUUCAGGAGGAUCCGCAGGACAAGGAGGUUACCCUGGAACUCCAGGCAAACCCGGUACCCCAGGCACACCCGGAACCCCUGGCUCAGGAGGUGGAGCUGGCAGCGGAGGCUCAGGUGGUAGUGGAGGAUAUCCAGGAUCUCAAGGAACACCCGGAACACCUGGAACUCCAGGUACCCCUGGACGUCCUGGAUCACCAGGAACUCCUGGUACACCAGGAACCCCAGGUUCCGGAGGAUCCGGUGGACACGGUGGUGGAGCAGGUAGCGGCGGCGGAGGCGGCAGUGGUGGAUAUCCUGGCUCACAGGGUUCCCCAGGCAGCCCAGGCAAACCUGGUUCUGGUGGAUCAGGAGGACACGGCGGCUCAGGAGGCGGAGCGGGAGGCCCUGGCAGUGGAGGUAGCGGUGGAUAUCCAGGAUCACCUGGCACACCUGGAACUCCAGGAACAGCAGGAACUCCUGGCAGACCUGGUUCUCCAGGCACUCCUGGAACACCAGGCACGCCCGGUACUCCAGGUAGUGGUGGCCACGGAGGCAUUAGCUACGAUUUCGAAUCAAGCGCAUCAUAUGAGGGUCACUUUACGAAAGGAUCGGUCAGCUCUUCCAGCCAUGGAUCAUUUUCGAAAGAAAAAGGCGUGGCCUCGAACCUAAACAGCGAAAGUUCUUUCACAAGCUCGUUUGACAAAAAUAAAGGAAGCAGUGGCAGUAGCACACAUUUCAGCAGUCAGAGCUCAUUUUCAAAUGACAAAGGAGGCACAAAUAUUGAUUCUCAAAGUUCAUUCUCUUCUUCUAAUGACAAAGGAGAUAAAGGCAUCAGUGGCCAUAACACUUUCAAUGUCCAUAAGGACAAAGAUAAAGGCACUAGCAGCAUCUCGGGUGAAAGUCACUUUUCUGCAAAUAAAGACAAGGGCUCGAGUCAGUUAUCCGGAAGCCAUUCGUUUAGUGGCCACAAAGAUAAAGACAAGGAAUGCAGUCAUUUUCACGCGCAUAACACAGUUAGCGGACAUAAGGAUAAAAAUAAAGGCUCGAGCCACGUGAGUGGCAGCAACUCGUUUAGCGGGCACAAAGACAAAGGUAGUGCCAAUUGUUCCAGUCACAUUAGUGGGCACGGAUCAGCAAGUGCUCACAAAGAAAAGGAUAAAGGUCAGGGCCACUUUUCUAGCCAUGGCUCCGUCUCUGGUGACAAAUGUAAAGGAUCCACCCAGGUUUCUGGACAAGGGUCAAUUACUGUUGGAGGCGGCGCCGGUGGUCCAGGAUCAGGUGGUCAAGGUGGACAUGGAGGGCAAGGUGGCUAUCCAGGAUCUCCGGGAAGCGGUGGAUCUCCAGGUACACCCGGUACUCCAGGCACACCUGGAACACCAGGAACUCCCGGAAAACCUGGUAGUGCAGGACAGGGCGGUCAAGGAGGACAAGGUGGCUAUCCAGGUUCUCCAGGAACCCCAGGUACUCCUGGAAAACCAGGAAGUGGAGGUCAAGGAGGACAAGGUGGCUAUCCAGGCUCUCCUGGUACCCCUGGAACGCCUGGUACUCCAGGAAAACCCGGCAGUGGAGGACAAGGUGGUCAAGGUGGUUAUCCAGGAUCACCUGGAACCCCUGGUAGUGGAGGACAAGGAGGCUAUCCUGGAUCCCCUGGUACACCAGGAACCCCUGGCACUCCAGGAACACCAGGUACUCCAGGAAAGCCCGGCAGUGGAGGACAAGGUGGUCACGGAGGGCAAGGAGGCUAUCCAGGAUCUCCUGGAACUCCUGGUACUCCCGGAACACCAGGAAAACCUGGUAGUGGAGGGCAAGGUGGUCAAGCAGGACAGGGUGGCUAUCCAGGAUCCCCCGGAACCCCUGGUACGCCAGGAACACCAGGUACUCCAGGUAAACCAGGAAGUGGAGGACAAGGUGGUCAAGCAGGACAAGGUGGUUAUCCAGGAUCCCCCGGAACCCCUGGCACGCCAGGAACACCAGGCACUCCAGGUAAACCAGGAAGUGGAGGACAAGGUGGUCAAGCAGGACAAGGUGGUUAUCCAGGAUCCCCCGGAACCCCUGGCACGCCAGGAACACCAGGCACUCCAGGUAAACCAGGAAGUGGAGGACAAGGUGGUCAAGCAGGACAAGGUGGCUAUCCAGGAUCACCAGGAACCCCUGGCACACCAGGCACCCCAGGUAAACCAGGAAGCGGAGGACAAGGUGGUCAAGGCGGACACGGAGGAUCUCCCGGAGCGCCAGGACAACCUGGUAGUGGAGGAUAUCCAGGCUCUCCUGGCUCACCUGGCCAAGGUGGAUAUCCAGGAUCUGGGGGGCAAGGUGGAGAAGGAGGAUACCCAGGAUCUGGAGGUCAGGGCGGUGAAGGCGGCUAUCCAGGAUCCCCAGGCACUCCUGGAACACCAGGAACCCCUGGAUCUGGAGGACAAGGUGGAUAUCCAGGAUCUGGAGGGCAAGGUGGAGAAGGAGGAUACCCAGGAUCACCAGGCACUCCUGGAACACCAGGCACACCAGGAACCCCUGGUUCCGGAGGCCAAGGGGGUCAAGGUGGAUAUCCAGGUUCAGGAGGUCAAGGUGGUUAUCCUGGCUCUGAAGGACAAGGUGGUCUGGGAGGAUACCCAGGAUCCCCUGGCACACCAGGAACUCCUGGUACACCAGGAACUCCCGGAUCUGGAGGACAAGGUGGACAAGGAGGUUAUCCAGGAUCUGGAGGACAAGGUGGUGAGGGUGGAUAUCCAGGUACCCCUGGAACUCCUGGUACACCAGGAACACCUGGAUCUGGAGGACAAGGUGGUCAAGGUGGCUAUCCAGGAUCUGGAGGGCAAGGUGGAUAUCCAGGAUCAGGGGGCCAAGGAGGUCAAGGUGGCUAUCCUGGCUCAGAAGGACAAGGUGGCGAGGGAGGAUACCCAGGAUCCCCCGGCACACCAGGAUCCCCUGGCACACCAGGAUCUCCUGGCACACCAGGAACUCCCGGUUCAGGUGGUGAAAGUGGCUAUCCAGGAUCUCCAGGAACUCCUGGAUCUGGAGGACAAGGAGGGUAUCCAGGAUCUGGAGGACAAGGCGGACAAGGAGGUUAUCCUGGAUCUGAAGGACAAGGUGGACAAGGAGGCUAUCCAGGAUCUGGAGGACAAGGUGGACAAGGAGGCUAUCCAGGAUCUGGAGGACAAGGUGGACAAGGAGGUUAUCCUGGAUCUGAAGGACAAGGUGGACAAGGAGGCUAUCCAGGAUCUGGAGGACAAGGUGGACAAGGAGGCUAUCCAGGAUCUGGAGGACAGGGUGGUGAGGGUGGAUAUCCAGGUACCCCUGGAACUCCUGGUACACCAGGAACACCUGGAUCUGGGGGACAAGGAGGUGAAGGUGGCUAUCCAGGAUCAGGUGGUGAAGGAGGAUAUCCAGGAUCACCUGGCACACCUGGAAGCCCUGGUACACCUGGUACGCCUGGGUCUGGCGGCCAAGGAGGAGAGGGAGGAUAUCCAGGAUCUCCAGGUACACCUGGAUCUGCCGGUCAAGGAGGAUACCCCGGAGAUGGAGGUCAAGGUGGACAAGGAGGAUAUCCUGGAAGUGGGGGCCAAGGAGGAGAUGGUGGACAAGGCGGACAGCCAGGAUCAGGAGGCUACCCAGGUCAGCCUCAAGGACCUCAGCAGCCAGAUCCUGAAAAUUUAGAACGUCCUAAUCAACCCGGUGGUGGACAACCUCAGCAGCCAGGUGGCGGAUAUCCUCAGCAGCCAGGCGGUGGACAACCUCAGCAGCCAGGCGGUGGAUAUCCUCAGCAGCCAGGCGGUGGACAACCUCAGCAGCCAGGCGGUGGAUAUCCUCAGCAACCAGGUGGCGGAUAUCCUCAGCAGCCAGGCGGUGGACAACCUCAGCAGCCAGGCGGUGGAUAUCCUCAGCAGCCAGGCGGUGGACAACCUCAGCAGCCAGGUGGCGGAUAUCCUCAGCAGCCAGGCGGUGGACAACCUCAGCAACCAGGCGGUGGAUAUCCUCAGCAACCAGGUGGCGGAUAUCCUCAGCAGCCUGGCGGUGGACAACCUCAGCAGCCAGGCGGUGGAUAUCCUCAGCAGCCAGGCGGUGGACAACCUCAGCAGCCAGGCGGUGGAUAUCCUCAGCAGCCAGGCGGUGGACAACCUCAGCAGCCAGGCGGUGGAUAUCCUCAGCAGCCAGGCGGUGGACAACCUCAGCAGCCAGGCGGUGGAUAUCCUCAGCAGCCACAACAGCCAGGUAGUGGAUAUCCUCAGCAACCAGGUGGUGGACAACCUCAACAGCCUGGAGGUGGAUAUCCUCAGCAGCCAGGCGGUGGAUAUCCUCAACAACCAGGAAGUGGACAACCUCAGCAGCCUGGAGGUGGAUAUCCUCAACAACCGCAACAGCCAGGUGGCUAUCCCCAACAGCCAGGCCAGCCUCCACACGUUCAUCCCUUCCCCGGACAAGGAGGCAGUCAUCCAAGUGGACCUCCGUCUCAGCCAAGUGCACCUCCACAAGCUGGAUACAUUCCUGUAAUUUUCUACCCAUACUGUCCAGACAAAGACGGCGCUCCUGGUCAAAUUUAUCCCGUCCUUUAUCCUGUUGGAGUUCCGCAAGGAAACGCAUGCGCUCAAUGUGCGGCUAACAGGAGGCGUAAUGGAUACGGAAGAUCUUUGCUCGACGACGCUGCAAAUGAAAAUUUGAAGAAGAUACUCGAGCAAGCCCACUUAGAAGAAACAUUCCAGCCCACUGGCAAGAGGAGAGCGUUGAGGGCACUGGAAAACGCAAUGGUUGCAAUCAAAAAGGAAGUCGAAAGUUCAAAAGUGAUAAAGUCUUAAUUUUGGGAGAUGGAUUACUCCAUCGAAAGGUGGCGGGUAGAAUGUAGGACAGGCAGUGUAACUUUGGGACAAAGGGAAAAUGUGCCAAAUUUUCAAAUAAAUCUUUGUGACACUGAUGAAAAGAAUAACUUAUUUAUUUUUCGAGGUGCUUAAUGUAUGAAUCAUGAAAGCAAAAUAUUGUAUGUGACAAAGGAACACGAUAAAUGAGUGUAUAUGAUUUGAAUAAAUAAUAAAUUUCACUUGCAAUAAUUAAA